GCCAGCUCCGGGCUGUGGGGAAGCUGGACGCAGAGCACAAUCCCGGCUCAGCGGGGUGAACGCAUCGCGGACCGGGAUGAGCACCCUCUGCAAGAGGGAGUCUACGCUCCCGGGCCUGGGCGCGGUGCGGCCGGAUGGCAGGCAGCGGUGGCCUGGGCGGCGGGGCCAGGUGUAGCCAGGGCGCCGGGGCAGGUCCCGGGGCAGCGGUGCGUGCGCCCCGUGCACCUCUGCUGCUCGCCGCGCUGGUGCUGGGAGCGUACUGUCUCUGCACCCUCCCGGGCUGCUGCCCGCCGGCCGCCCGCGUACCGGCCCCCGCACCCGCGGUGCCGCCCAGCGCCGCAUGCAGCCUGGGGGCGCCGGUUCUGCCGGUGGCCAGUGGCCCCGGACGCCAGCGAUUCCCGCAGGCGCUCAUCGUGGGUGUGAAGAAGGGCGGCACGCGCGCCCUUCUGGAGUUCCUGCGUCUGCACCCCGAUGUCCGCGCGCUCGGCUCCGAGCCCCACUUCUUUGACAGGUGGUACGAGCGCGGCCUCGCCUGGUACCGGAGCCUGAUGCCACCCACCUUGGACGGGCAGAUCACCAUGGAGAAGACUCCCAGCUACUUCGUGACUCUCGAGGCCCCUCGUCGCAUCCACAGCAUGUCCCCAGACGUGAAGCUGAUAGUGGUGGUUCGGAACCCUGUGACUCGGGCCAUCUCUGACUAUGCCCAGAUGCUCUCCAAGACCCCGAGCCUGCCCAGCUUCCGAGCCCUGGCCUUCCGCCACGGCCUGGGCCCCGUGGACACAGCCUGGAGUGCAGUGCGCAUUGGCCUCUACGCACAGCACCUGGGCAACUGGCUGCGGUACUUUCCCCUGUCCCACUUCCUGUUUGUCAGCGGUGAGCGCCUGGUCAGUGACCCAGCUGGAGAAGUUGGCCGCGUGCAAGACUUUCUGGGCCUGAAAAGGGUCGUCACGGACAAGCACUUCUACUUCAAUGCCACCAAGGGCUUCCCCUGUCUCAAGAAGGCUCAGGGGAGUAGCCGCCCUCGCUGCCUGGGCAAGUCCAAGGGCCGGCCCCACCCCCGGGUGCCUGAGGCAGUGGUCCAGCGGCUGCGGGACUUCUACCAGCCCUUCAACCAAAAGUUCUACCAGAUGACCGGUCAGGACUUUGGGUGGGACCGAGAGGCCAGGCCAGCCCAGGGCCUGCCGGGGGAUGUUUAGUAAACCUUAAUUUAAGCCUGUCGGCCAGUCAGAGCAGGCUGUGUGCACGUUCUGGGUAGAGAGAGCUAUUGAAGAAAUAAAGUUUGG